AUGGGAGAGAACAAACCAGCAGAAAUAAAAGAUUUCCAGAUUGUAAUUACAGAUAAAGAAGAUCAAAAGAAGCAGUUAGCAUCAAAAAGAAGCUCAAACAAGGACAGACACACAAAGGUUGAAGGUAGAGGAAGGAGACAAGCAGAGCCUUCCAUAAUUGCUGCAACUGGGACAGGAACAAUACCAGCCUCAGCCUUGGCAGCUACUGGUGGAUCAGUUUCACAACAAGAAUUCACAGGAACCAUCUGCUUGCAUAUGAAACUUGGAAUCUUUGAUGUGAAUCUUAGGACGCUUGAGUGUGAGAAUUUGUGCCACAAUGGGCAUAAUCUUUGUUCAACUUGUAAAAUAAGGGUGCAUAACCGAUGCCCCACUUGUAGACAACAACUUGGAUACUGGACAUGCUUAAGACAAUACGUUAUGGGAAUGCUUUCAAAGGAAGAGGAAGAAACAGACAAGAAGUAG